AUGACGAUCGUGUUCGGAGUCAUCAGCGCGGUUCUCUUGGCGCUGAAACAUCAUCAAGAUGACCAUGGCGAGUUCUCUACGUACCGGCAAUCGCCGGCGAUGACAUGCGGCAUGGUAGCAGCCGUGUUGGCAUUGAUGACGCAGAUUCUUGCCAGCAUGGCCAUCUGCUGUUGUGGGGCGUGGCGGAUAGCUAAGGGGGCCAAGCGCAUUGCCGCGGUGGUCUUCUUCAUCAUCUCAUGGGUCCUUGCGAUCAUAGCAGUGCUACUAUUUCUGACAGGCGCCAUGUUAGGGUUUGAAGGCUCUGCAAAGAAAACUGUCGGGAACGCUAGGAUUGUCGGAGGUGUCGCAAUUUUCGUGAUCGCGACGUUUUUGUUUCUUGUAGUUGCCGCCCUUGAGGUUGCCUCAUACCGCCUAGUUCGGAAAAAGGACCAUUACUAA